AUGGUAGUUGACAAGGACAAUUUGGAACAGCUGCCACGCAUAACAGACUUGCCCUUUGUGCCACCCACAGUCGUCCGUCCAAAUAACAUGCUAUAUCUUGUCUUCACAUCCGGCAGCACGGGAAUGCCCAAAGGCGUCGUCAUCACACACAGCAACUUCAGCAGUGCCCUAGUAUACCAAACCUCCCGGCUAGGAUUCAGGAGGACCUCUCGAGUUCUUGACUUUGCUUCAUACGCUUUUGACGCGGCGUGGUACAACACAUUACACACCUUCUACGCCGGAGGCUGUCUCUGUAUACCCUCUGAGAAUGACCGCCGGAAUGAUCUCACCGGUUGUAUCAGCCGCCUACGGCCGAAUUUUGCGAAUUUAACACCGAAGCUGUGUGAAUUCCUUGAUACGCCCUCUUUACAGGCGCUAGAUAUGAUAGAACUGGCUGGAGAGGCACCCGAUGAGAGGCAAGUUGGUCGAAUGAGGACAGUUACCAAAGUGCGUUUUGCCUAUGGUCCAGCAGAAUGCUCCAUCCUCUCCACGGUAACGGAUGAGCAUGCGGUUUCAUCAAAAAUUGGUAACGGCCUUGGUGUGCGGACAUGGGUGGUCAAUGCCGACAAUCCAGACGUCCUCUCACCAAUAGGAUCCGUGGGUGAAUUGUGGAUUGAGGGCCCCCUCGUAGGGCGUUGUUAUUUGAAUAAUCCUGAGAAAACGGCGGCGGCUUUUGUUAACAGUCCAGCUUGGCUCUUACAAGGAGCACCAGGAUUUGAGGGCCGUUCCGGUCGUCUCUACAGGACGGGAGAUCUCGUUCGUUAUGCUGCGGACGGGUCACUGCUUUUCGUUGGUCGAAAGGACGGACAGGUGAAAAUCCGUGGCCAGCGUGUUGAGCUUGGGGAAAUAGAGCACCAUAUCCGUCAAAGCUUACCUGAGAAUACGUCGUACUCAGUGGUGGCAGAAGUCAUCAGCCCAUUGAAAAGCGACAAUGCGAUACUAGUCGCAUUCAUCGAGAAUACCGACUCCAUGGAAGCCGUAAUGACUACCUUGGAGUCGAAGCUGGCCAAAUUACUGCCGUCAUACAUGGUUCCGACAGCUUAUAUAUCUGUGGACAGAAUUCCAGUAUCUCAGACUGGAAAGACUGAUCGACAGCAGCUACGUCGACUCGGGGCAACUUACACCCUGGAGCGGUUGGCCGCGUUGAACUUGGCUCGAACGAAAGGUCGUCCACCGAAGACUGCGAUAGAACGGCUAUUGCAAAGAUUGUGGAGCUCUGUACUCAAGAUCAAUUCAAAUGCGAUCAAUGCUGAGGAUAGCUUUCUGAAAAUUGGUGGGGAUUCAAUUGGAAUAAUGAGGUUAGUAGCGGCUGCUCGUGAGGAAGGUUUACUCCUUAGCGUCGGUGAUGUGUUCAGACAUCCCCGAUUGUGUGACUUGGCGAACAUUGUGAGAAAGAUUCCCUUAGAAGAUGUGAGAAGCGAGGUCAUUCCUCCAUUCUCUUUGCUUGGUGGACAAGAUAAGACAACAAUCCGAAAGUCGGUCGCUCAUAUCUGUGGCAUCGAGGCCAGCCAGGUUGAAGAUGUAUUUCCUUGCACACCACUACAACAAGGAUUACUAGCGUUAUCGGCUCGGAGGGCGGACCAGUAUGUAGUACGGAGCGUACAUGAGUUGCAACCUUCAGUGCAAUUGAGCCAGUUUCGAGCGGCUUGGGAGGCAGUUGUGUCAAAAUCGCCAAUUCUUCGGACAUGCAUUGUGGACCUUGAUGAUCAAGGAUUAAUGCAAGCUGUGACCAAUAUACCGAUUGAGUGGUCUUUAGACGCAGACACUACUCAUAAUGAGACAAUUCAGUCCGAUGUCAUGGGUCUCGGAACGCCGCUGGCACGCUUUGCCUUGCAGACAAGUCCCGAUGGAGUGCGUCUAUUCACGCUCACCAUGCAUCACGCAAUAUGUGAUGGAUGGACCGUGCCUCUGUUGUGCCAUAUGGCUGAAAAAGCCUACCGUGAGCAAACCUUGCCUCCAUCCCCACCCUUCCAGGCGUUUGUUCGACACAUUCAGCAACUAGAUGGGGCAGAUGCAGCCAUUAAAUGGCGCAAGUAUCUAGAGGGAACAGAAGCGCAGGUCUUCCCUCGGGUGUCACAAGCUGCUCAGCAACCAAAGGCGAACACUGAAAUGAUGCACUCAGUCAGCAGUUUCCGUUGGCCACGUACAGGGGUGACUCGAUCAAAUAUCGUCCGGGCAGCAUGGUCAAUAUUAGUUGCGCAAUAUACCGCUACUAAUGAUGUGGUGUUUGGAGCUACAGUAUCUGGACGACAAGCGCCUGUGCCCAUGGUCGAGCAGAUGACCGGACCGACUAUUGCCACAACGCCGGUUCGUGUAGUCCUGGACUGGGAAGAAGAUAUUGAUCAAUUACUUAAACGGGUGCAAGAGCAAGCCGUUGAAAUGGCAGCUGUUGAGCAGAUGGGUCUGCAAUGGAUACGACGGGUUUGUGAUGAUGCAGAAAAAGCGUGCCAAUUUCAAACAUUACUAGUCAUUCAGCCGCCAGAGAAUGAGACAGAUAGAAAGAGCUCUUUAUUCAUGCCGACUACUGACAAUAAUUGGAAAUUGGAGGCUUUCAAUCCAUAUGCACUCCUCCUCGAAUGCAGUUUGGCAGAUGAAGGCAUACAGUUUCGCAUCAGCUUUGAUUCCACGAUUUUGGACGAGCAGCAAGCAAACCGAAUGAUGCAACAGCUGGAACAGAUCCUACGGCAACUGUGCACUCCAGAAUCUGGUGCAAAGAAACUUUCGACUAUGGAUAUCAUCAGCGAGCAAGAUUCAAAUGAUAUCUGGAGGUAUAAUCGCAAUGUGCCGGCUGCGGUAGAAGGCUUCGUCCAAGAUCUAAUUUUAAAAACCAUGUGGGAGCAGCCAUCUGCGCCUGCUAUAUGCGCAUGGGACGGGGACUUCACAUAUGAAGAGCUCCACAGACACUCUACACGAUUAGCUAACACACUUCUCCAGCAUGGUGUUGGUCCCGCAAUAAUUGUCCCUGUAUGUUUACAAAAGUCCAAAUGGGCUCCAGUAGCGAUGCUUGCGGUUCUCAAAGCUGGAGGAGCGUUUUCCAUGCUGCCUCCAUCUCUGCCCAGCGGAAGGCGCGAGUCGAUGAUCUCGGUUAUUCAACCUAUGGUGGUCAUUACAAGCACACAAUAUGUUCAUUAUUUCCCCAACGUAGCGACGAUCUUUCCUGAAGAGUACGAAAAUGUUAGUGGGUUUGAUAACAGCAAAUAUUGCGCCCUCGCUCAGAAAGUAACGCCCAGUACCCUGGCCGCGGUUCUUUUUACCUCUGGGACCACCGGUAAUCCCAAAGGCAUUAUGCUCGAUCACCGCUGUCUGAGCACAACCGCGCAGUACAUGGCGAGGAAGUUCAACGUCGGGACCCACUCACGGGUGUUCCAGUACGCAUCGUAUUCCUUUGACGUCAGCAUCCACGAGACCAUGAUGGUUCUUUCGAGCGGUGGUUGCAUAUGUAUUCCAUCUGAAGAGGAUCGACAUAACGACCUUGCGGGAGCGGUACUGAGGCUGGAAGCGAAUUGGGCGUCUUUCUCACCCUCCGUGGCCAGGACCAUUAGCCCUGAAAACGUUUCGACUCUCGAAACACUUGUAUUUGCGGGAGAGGCCUUGACUGAUAGAGAUGUCUUGCCGUGGGUGGAUAAACUGACAUUAUUCAAUUGGUAUGGCCCUGCUGAAUACUCGCUGAGCGCAACCUCGCUGGUGCAGUUACCUGGUUGGGCUACUGGGACUCUGGGUUUUGGAUCAGCUAGUACCUGCUGGGUUGUUCGACCAGAAAACCGAGAUGCACUAGCGCCUAUCGGCGCUAUAGGCGAGCUCGUGGUGGAGGGACCGGGAUUGAUGAUGGGAUAUCUCCACGAUAUAAAAAGAACAAAUGCCGUGGUAAUGACCAAUCCAUCAUGGCUGAACCGUGGCGCACUUUCUUCUCCUGGUCGAAGUGGGCGUUUGUAUCAGACUGGCGAUUUGGUGAAGUACAAUGCUGAUGGCUCUCUGACAUACAUCGGCCGGAAAGAUGCUCAGGUGAAAAUUCGCGGGCAAAGAGUUGAGCUCGAAGAAGUUGAGCAUCAUCUCAUUAAGCAACUGUACACAAUGGGGGCUACCAGUUCUCAAGCAGUUGUAGAGGUGGUCACGCCGGUGGCAAGUGCUAGCCCUAAGCUGGCCGCUUUCGUCAAAGGGGGCGGAUCACAGUUCCAGCUCAAUGAGCUAGAGAAAAGGCUUGCUUGCGUGCUGCCCAGCUAUAUGAUACCAUCUUUGUAUAUUAGUAUUUCGGAUAUCCCAAUCACAGCAAAUGGCAAGACAGAUCGAAAGAGACUCCGUGCCAUGGGAAAUUCUCUCACACGUGAGCAGGUGACCUCUCUCCGUCAUACACCUGGGAAGCAGCUGCACAUACCCGCACGAACCAUCAUUGAGAAGAAACUCCAAGAAUUAUGGAUAUCUAUCCUUGGAUUGGACUCAAUUAUAUCAAUAGAGGAUCACUUCUUCGAAGUUGGCGGAGACUCAAUUGCGGCUAUGCGACUCGUUACUGCUGCUCGACAGCACGGUCUAUCUUUUACUGUCGCUGACAUUUUCAAUCGACCCCUGCUUGGCGAUCUUGCAUCAAUUGCUCGACCAGUAAUGACCGCAGCAAAUAAUGUCGCGCCGCGACCUUUUUCAUUGCUUGAUCAUAAUGCCCAGACGUUUGUCCGGACAAAGCUAGCCCACAUGACAUCAGUCUCGGACGUCUUCCCGGUCACUCGCUGGCAAUCAACUUGCAUCGAUCUAGCUUUAGCCAGUCCUCCACGGCUGCUGGACUAUUUCUUCAUCGACCUUCCUUCGGACAGUAGCUUGGAGGAGGUGACUCGCGGCUGUAGCGAUUUGUGGCGGGAAAUGGACAUCCUUCGGACGAUUUUUAUCCCUUGGAGAGACCAGUACCUGCAACUUGUGCCUGAACAAUCUAACCUUCCAGUUCAAUACCGCUCGGCCGAUGAGGGAAAUAUUGAAUACCUGACUGAGAAAAUCUAUGAAGAUGAUGUCCAGCAGCCUCUUCUUCUAUUUGCUCCCUUCACUCGCUUCUACAUUGUCUCUGGUUCAAAUGGCGCUAUGAGGUUGAUUGUCCGGCUGUCGCAUGCACAAUAUGAUGGCACAAGCCUGCUUAAUCUUAUGCAGUGCCUUCGAGCUUCAUUCAACAAAGAGCAAUUCCCCGACAAAAGUCCUUUCACUGCUUUUAUCCAACACACCAGGAGCAACCAGCUCGCAGCUGUCAAAUAUUGGAGGACGUUACUCGAGGGGUCAAGUUUCACGAGUAUUGCAGCUGACCGCAUCAUUUCCGAUUUCUCAAAGCCUUUGAUUCCAAUUGUUGUUCGGCAGCUUGUAGAAUUGUUGCCCUGCAAUGAUCGUUUCACUCCAGCGACCACUUUCACAGCAGCAUGUGCACGCUUUCUGUCUCAAAUAACUGGCUCAUCCGAUGUGACAUUCGGAAGAUUAGUCUCUGGCCGAGCGAUGCUUCCAGUGCAGCUACGCAACGCUGCGGGCCCUUGUGUCAAUAUCAUUCCGGUUCGUGUCCACGAUACUCAAUCCUUGGAGCAGMCCCGCCAAUCGGUUCACGAGCAGCUCAUUGAUAGUUUGCCGUUUGACACUCUUGGAGCGAAGGAGGUGAUUGAAAACUGCACUAACUGGCCACGAGAGACUCGCUCGUUCGGCUUUGUCACGAGCUAUCAAGAUUUGGGCGAUGCCGAAGAAGAAAUUAAAGGAGUCUCAUGUCGACUACGAUGCCUUGAGGAUAUCAGGCCUGGCAUGAGGAUGAUGGAAGAUGAAGCGGUCAUGAUAUUUGCGAAACCGAUGGGAGACUACCUCCAAAUAACUGUGAACGCGGACGGCCGGGUGUAUACUGAGCAAACGGUUCGUCGGUGGUGCGACAUGUUGGCGGCUUCCAUUGAGGACUUCAGACUGCUUGAACCGUCUCAUUAA